AUGAGGUUUUCGCUAUCAUCUGAAAAAUCUUACAUGAAUGGUCCAGCAACAUCAUCAGACAAUGGAAACUCCUCUUCAAACAAUUGUCCUAAAGGAGAGGGUUUGGCCCCUUCCUUAGUCAAUGAUGACAUAGAAAAGAAAGUGUAUAUGAAUAAAGAUGGCAGCCUAUCAGUUGAAAUGAAAGUCUGCUUUCAUCUGCUCUCUGAUGAGACUCUUCAAUGGUCCACACAAAUCAAGAAAUCCAGCUUGAUGAAUCAGACUCUCUGUGAAGAAUCAGAUGUCAUGGAAGAUAAUCAAAGUGUGCCAAGAGAAAAAAUUAACCAAGAGACUAGCUCUGAAAUAGAAGACUCAUUAUAUCCUUGUGAUGCUGACUCUUACAUUUCAACUCUCGAUGAAUCUGAAAACGAGGUGACCUAUUGCCAUUGUUGCAGUAAGUCCCACAGCAACUAUGAUAUUUGGAAGAACCCCAUGCAUGCUUCUCAAAAAGAAGAGCCAGGAGUAACAAACACUUGGUACACACACUCUUCUUGCUCAAGCACUUCAUCACACCAGAGAAUUGUCCACAAAAAGAGAGCCUCCAUUGAGAGUGUCCAUACGUCAUCAAAUGAAACAAAACAUUCUGAACACCUCAUACAAGAGAUUUCAGAUUUCUCAGAGACUCUUGGGAAUAAAAGGGAGAACGGCAGAAUAAAGAAAUGCUGCUGUCAAGAUAACUGUAUGCAAACAAGCAAAAGCCAAAAAGAGCUAUCAGAGAAAACAGAUAGUGUAGCUAGCUUGGCCAGUUCAGAAAGUGAACAUGGUUCCAUCAUGAGGAAAGAAAGAGAUGAAAGUAGAAGAACUAGAGCUAGGAGUAACAAAUCAGAAUGUCAGUAUUCUAUAGAAAGCCAGAUAAAAGUGUUAGAGGAAACAAGUAGUGUGGUAAGGACAAUUUCAUCCUGUAGCAUUAAGGAAAGAGAAGAAGUUAUUGGCUGUUCAUCUUCUCCAAAUAGUGCCAGUAGCAAAUCCGGUAAAGAUAGUACAUUUGGAACAAAAGACAAAGUAGAAAAGAUUUCAGAUAAUGAUCACACACCAUCAUAUAAUAAAAUAUCAUUUUCAAGUGAAGAUUCCCCCCCUAAAAUUGCCACACAAGUAGAGGUUGAAAAGGAAGAGGAGGAUAAUGAAAUAAAUUCAGUUUCAGAAAAGAUGGUGUCCAAUGGUCUUAUCAAGGAUGAAGUCCAUAGAUGUAGCAAAAGGUCUAAGACCAGAGUCUCCCAGACCAAAGUUUGUAAUGAAGAAGGUAGAAGUGAUAGCAGUGAAAUGGAUAUCCAUAGUGCUGCUUUAUCUGCCUCCAGAAUCUCCAAUAGAAGCAAGGGCAACCAAUAUGACUCAAAAGAAGACUUCAAAGUAUCUAGUGGGUCAAGCAGAGGAUCUAUUAUCAAGAGAAAGAAAACCAAAAGACCUUUACAUGUAGAGGAUGGAAAAUCAAGCAGCGGGACAACCUCUUCUUCAGAAAACUCAAAUGAAGUAGGGAAAAGAGACAAAGAGGGUCAUUUAUCUCAUAAUUCUUCUCAUUCAAAUACGUCAUAUUUAAGUGAAGCAGCUCCCAACAGUGAGGAAAAUUCCAGCAGGAUAUCUAAAUGCUCUAGUAAGUCCUCCAGAAGUAGUCAUAAAAGGAUCCAGAGAGAAGAUACCGAUGUAUCAUCUUCUAUUUCCAAUGUUUUGGAAUCUGAUGAGAAAAAUGGGACCGAUACUGCCAAAAAUAGUACCCAGGAAAACAUUUCCGGGCAAGGAAGUAGCUCAGAAUUGAUGUGCUCCAAAUGUGGCCACGUAGCAGAAACCAGAAGCAAUUAUCUUCAAUGUGGUAGUUCAAGCAACUUGGUACAUUCUGAUGCCAAGAGCACUUGUUCGGAGAUGCAAGCCUCAGAGAAUAAUGAUGUCAGCUCGCAAUCAAGCAUAGCACCAUCUUCCAAACCAAGACAAAAAAAGAGAAGCAAUGCUACCCUGAAAUAUUGUAGCCAAGUUUCAGAAAAAGCAUCUACAACCCAGUUCAAUUUCCACUCCCCUGUCCCCCCCAGAGGGAGACCCAGCAGCAAGAACAGUCGGUCUCUGCUGAUGAACAUCAACAGUGCCCCUGCGAGCAAUGAAUUGGAGCCAACGGCAGAUGAACUGCAAAAAGAAAUGGAUGGUUCACAGUUGCCUGAAAUGGACACAGCAAAUGAGGCAGAGGAAAAGGAAGGCUCUGGCCACAAGGAAAAGCAAACAGAGGAAGAGACAGUGGUCCAAGCAGAAGCUGCUUCAGAAACUUGUGACCAAAUCAUCCCAUCUUCACUUCCCAAUGCCUCUCCAGAAGAAGUCGUGCAUGAGUGGUUGAGAAAGAUCCCUUCAGAAUCUCUGCUGAUGAAAUGUGAGAUGGAGAAAGAUGAGGAGACAAUUGAAUUACAUGGUGAAAUUCCCAACUGUUCAAACAACCAGGAUUCAUUGGAAAAGGGAUGUAGUGAGAAGGAAGAUGCAGAAGAUGGUAAACACCUAGCAGAAAAUGAUUGUCCCCAGGACGAGAAGGCUUCUGAAAUUAUAUCAGAAGAAGUGGAAACUAGCCAAGGAGAGGGCCAGUAUUCUGACACCCCCAGCCAAAACAACCACAAAAAAGACUUGCCCAGCACCAUUCAAAUCUCUGUGAAGAUUAUGAAAGUGUUGCUGGCUUCCAAACACGAAACAAAAUUGGAACGGUCCUAUAGUUUGCCUGAAGUGUCUCCUACAUUAGGAAAAAAACUCAGCAACUCAGCCAAUAUUUUGAUACAAUGCCUUGCUUCCCUACAGCUCCUGGAUGAAGCAUUGGAUUCAUCCAAUAAACAAAAUAAAUGCCUGAAUGGGUUCAGAUACAAAGAACUCUUAAACAUUUUCCAGGCAGUGUGGUUUGGAAACAUACUUGAAAAUGGGGAUGCCAAUUUAGGGCUGCAAGGAAAAAGCCAGAUAAAAACGUCUUCAAGUUUCAAGGCCCCUAAUUCAAAAGAUGGUGACUUUACAACAAUGACCUCUUCGGGGAUUGAUAUAAAUAGUGGUGAUGGAGGUUCGGGAGAAGACAGCGGUGUUGGUGGCCAUGAUUGUGCCUUGUUAAAAGAGAAAAGAGAUAAAGCCAAACUCCCUGAAGAAGGAAAACCAGAGCAGGAAGAUGGUAAUGAGGAGGAGCCAGAGGAACAUUUUCAGCCACUUUGUUCAAAACUGGAAAGUGAAAGUGAAGCAGAACUUGCUGGAGUUCAGGAGGUAAUAGAGGCAAAGGAAGACCAGGAUCUUGAGAACAAUAUUGAAUUGGACAGAAAUAGUACACAUGAUGAUCAAAAUGUGGAGGAUGCAGAGAAUGUCUCUAAUGAAGAUAACAUCCUGAUGGAGGCUCAUACAGACACCAUGGCCAAAGAAGUAGAAGAAAAUCCCAGUGAAGAGGCAGGCAACAAUGAGACAGAACCUGGCCCAAGUGUAAAUGAGGCUAUUGAUGAGAAAGAGGCCAAGAUCAAUUCAGAAAACCAGUCUGAGACUACAGAUGAUACAGCAACUAGUAACAUAUCUCAUCAAAGCACAGUGAAAGUUUCUCCAACGAUCCAACAAAGAUCCAGCAGCCAGGACCCAGUUUGGGUGCUAAAACUUCUGAAGAAGAUCGAGAAGGAAUUCAUGACUCACUAUGUCAGUGCCAUGAAUGAGUUCAAAGUGAAAUGGAACCUGACAAACAGUAAAGAGUUGGAUUUGAUGAUUGAAGAACUGAAAGAAGAAGUGAGCAGAAGGAUACAAAAGAGUGUGGAAGAAGAACUAAAUAAAAUCAAAAGCAGAACAGGAAAGACGAUUCCAAAACCUCCAGAAAAUGAAUUAAGGCAAGAAUCUACUCCACAACUAGAAAACCGGAGGCGCCGUUUGACGAGUAUGUUCUCACUCAAUAACGAGAGCAGAAAUUCAAAUAAGCAACUGAAAUCAGGGAACAUUGACAACGAUAACUUCUUUAAUAAUACAAUUCAAGAAGAUGAAACAUUUGAUGUUCAGCUAAAAGAUGAAGAGUAUUGCCCCUGCGAUGAGUGUAUGAGGAAAAAAAUGGUGGCCAAGACUAUACAUCAUACAGCUGAAGUGAUGGCUAAGGCUCCAAACCCAGUCUUGAAGGCUUUUGAUCUACAAGACAUCCUUAACAUGAAGAACACCAGUGUUGCUCAUAGGAAGACAGACUAUGAUAUUAGUGAAGCAGAGCAGGAAGAAGAAGCCCAACAUGAAGCAAAAAAAAUGGUGGAAAAUGAUGGGGAGGAGGAAGCAAAAUGUGUGGAGGAGAUGAGCCUACCACCUGUUGAUUGUCAGUUCACCAGUUCUUAUAGCAAUGAGCAACCAGUUCUUCCAACAGUUCGUACAAAUGCUGUCACCCAGGUGCCUCCAGCCAAGAAAAUAACGUUCUACAAAAGUGGGGACCCACAGUUUGCAGGAAUCAAGAUGGCCAUCAAUCAACGCAGUUUCAAAAGUUUCAAUGCUCUCAUGGAUGAUCUUUCCCACAAGAUUCCCUUGCCUUUUGGGGUACGGGCCAUCACAACCCCACGGGGGAUACACUUCAUCAGCACAUUGGAUCAGCUGGAGGAUGGAGGGUGCUAUCUUUGUUCAGAUAAGAAAUAUGUCACACCUCUUAACGCUGGUGUUGCCAACCGGAAGUUGGGUCCCCAAAAGGUUAGACAGACAGACAGUGUUCUCAAGAGAGUAGUUCAAGAUAUCAAACAAGAAGAUUACUCAAUGGCUUUCACCCAACAGAGUCCAAGGAUACCCAAGAAAAUCACUCUGAUCAAAAAUGGAGAUAUUACAACACAGUUGCCAAUUAUCCUGAACCGUCGAAAUGCACAAAGCUUCAAAGUUCUCUUGGAUGAAAUUUCAGAAAUUAUGCAAUUCACAGUGAGGAAGCUGUACACAAUAGAUGGGAAACGGCAGGAAGAGGGUGAGCAGGAGGAGCAGGAGGAGGGGCAGCAGGAGGAACAGGAAGAGGGGGAGCAAGAGCAGCAGGAGGAGGAGGAAGAGCAGGAGGAAGAGCCAGAAGUGGAGCAGCAGGAGUCUGUGAAAGGAGAAGGGGAGGAGAACGAAGAGGAGGAAAAACCCAACAUAGAAGAUGAAGAAAAGGAAGGAGAGUCUAUGAGAGAAGAUGAAAAAAAGGAAGCAGCAAAACAAGAAGAUGAAGAAAAAAAAGAGGAAGAAAAAGAGGAUGAAGAACAGGAUGAGGACAUGAAAGUAGAACAAGAUGGAGAACAGGAAGAAAAUGAUAUAAUAUGUGAAGAAAAUAAUCAGGAAAUGGAAGCCAAAAGUGAAGAAGAUAAAGAAUUGAAUGAUGAAGAGGAGAUUGAUGGAGAACAAAAAGAAACCCCAAAAGAUGACCAAGAAGCUGAAGAUGAACCUAAUGUGACAGAUAAUAGUGCAGUAGAAAUGGAUGAAAAAGAAAGCCAAGGAGAUGAACCUGCAGAAAAUGUUGGUGAAUCUCAGGCCAUUAUUGAGGAAGAGAUUCCUGAUAGUAGUGAACAGAAAUCUGAGAACAAUGCCAGUUUGGGGGCAAAAAGUGAGGCAUGUUCAGAAACAGCAGAAGUUGAAGAAGAGGAUGAAAAUAAGGAGGGUGAUGAAGCUGGAGAGAAUGAAGCAGAAGGAGAAGAUAGCAAUGAAUCUGUUCAGAACCCAGAAGAUGACAGAGGAACAGAAGAGAAUGGGACUCCUGAAGCACCAGAGAAAGGAUCUGAGGGGAUUUUUUCACAGCAGUCUCAGGAAGGAUCUGAAUAUAAAAGUGAUGAAGAUGAGUCUAAGAAAAAGGAGAAUAUUAGUAAUGAGGAUGGUGACUGUGGAAGUGAUGGGGAAUCUAAAUUGGAUAUCGAGAGUAAGCCUGCAAAGAUGUAUCCAGACAGUAAUGAAGAGGAGGAAGAAGACCAAUCAUCUCAGGCAAGUUUUGUGAUGGGAGAAGAUCCCCCAAAUGAAGACAAUGAAGAUAGUCAUUGUGUCUCUAAAAAGAAGAAGCAGGACUCAAAUAUUAUUGAUCAAGAUGAUCUGGACUUUUAA